UUUAAGAUGACUGAUUGAUGAAUGUUAGUACAUUUUGUCCUUAUUGAGGGAAUAAAUUAAUUUUGUUGUUGAUGAUAUUUGUUGUUUGUUUGUGGGUAUAUUACGGAUCGAGCGAUUUGGAGCAGCUGCUUUUACUUGUUCAACGGCUUCGCUCUUUGGAAUUCUCAGCUUGUUCGUGUGAUAGCUUUCUGCUUUCUGUAGUACAAGUAUUGCUCUCUUUCUCUACCACUCUUUUUCACACACAACACACAGUUGGUCGGGUAACCAGUGGUGUGGGAGGAAGUCUAGGAAUGGAUUUUUGAACUGUGUUUCAGAUUCUGUACAGAAGAAAAAUGGCUGGUAACUAUCGGUUUGAAAUGGAACAAAAUGAUAUUGUCAGAUCACUAAUCACUACCGUUGAUAGUUUCAUUCAAGAUAGGCUGAUAGAUAAAGAACAAAGGACCCAACACAAAGAACAAUGUGCUGAGAGAUUAGCAGCCGGGAACGGGAGCCCUGACAAAGAAACGGAAGUUGGGUACUCUGAUCAAGCUGUUUUAGCCAAUCUUGAUUGGGGUAUCGAUGCCCUUGAAGAGGCACUGAACACGUCCAAUUUGGAAACUAAGAUGGCUCGGCUAGACUAUGCAGAGAAGAUGCUGCAAGUUUGUGCUAUGUUGAAUUCUGGCCGGAAAACAGCUGGAGUCCCUAACUUUUACCUCUCGGCUUGGGCGCAUUUGAAUCUCUCGUACCUGUGGAAGUUGAGGAAUAGCACUCACAAUUCAGUACUUCACAUCUUGGAGAUGUUCACUGUGGACCCAUUUUUCUCGCGUGUGGAUUUUGCUCCUGAGCUUUGGAAAUCAUUGUUCCUUCCCCAUAUGAGCUCCAUCGUCGGGUGGUAUUCAGAGGAACGGAGAAGGAUACUGAUGGAUGUGAUCCCUGAUACCUCUGACUUGUCCUUCACUGUGGAUUUUGAUCAAUAUUUUAAUGAAUCUUUAAUUUUGUCCGUGCGGCCGGAGCAAGCAGAGAGAAUUCAAGAACUGGAACAGGCUUAUGGUCAAUCUUUGGAUGAGAAUACAAGGCUCUAUGCAAAGUAUUACAAAGAUUGCAUGAACUAUGAUUCUGCCACCAGCAGGAAGGCAAUUCCCAUGUUGCCAAUCGCUGAGCCACCCAUGACGCCUCUGCACGAGGUUAGCAGCCGCUCGAUUCCUGAUUAUGUAAAAUUUGGUCCUAUUUUGCCCAAGAGUGCUGGCUUUUCCCCUGUCCUGAAACACAAAGAAAACACAAGAAAUGCUUCCAGCUCGAAGACAACGUUUAUCUCAGAGAAUCUUGAAAAUUCUGCUGGCUGGGAUGCUUCGGAGGAAAUGCCUGAGGCAUGUGAAGAUUCUGGUGGGAAUCCAGAUGACCAUAUGGAAGCUAAAGAAUCACCUGAAACUGUAUCGAAUAAUUUUCGAGCAGAAAAAGAUGAUGACACUAGGUCAGUGGUAUCUAGCAGAAGCAUCAGUCGGAACAAGGACGAGGAGACCACACCUAGCACACAAAGCAUAAAGGUUACAACUUGUAAACAAUCUCCUCGGAGUAGCUCUCCUUUGGAUUCUCCAGGAGCAGCCACAAAUUCCCGAAAGAUGCAAAAGUCUAUGCUACGCCUUCUGUCAGCCCGUCCCAUGGAUUCCUCUAUUUCCAAUUCUCUGCCUGUUUCUCCACUUUCAUCUUUUGAUAAUUCAAGCUUUAGCUCAGCAGACUCAGACGGAGAAAUGGCAGGACAGUUGAAAACCGGGAGGAGAAGUGUUGGAAACAGACAAAGAGUUCAACAAGAAUCAAAGAGCUCUCCUCAAGAUGAUGAUUGGACCCUGAAUUAUGUAUCUUCUCCGACAUCUGAGGUUUUGAAAUCCCAGUCCAGGCCACCGAAAGAUUUUGUCUGCCCUAUUACUGGCCAAAUCUUCAAUGAUCCUGUCACUCUUGAAACGGGACAAACAUAUGAAAGAAAAGCCAUUCAAGAAUGGAUGAACAGAGGAAAUACAACAUGCCCUAUCACACGACAACCUCUAUCUGCAGCUUCACUUCCCAAAACAAAUUAUGUUCUGAAGAGGCUAAUUACCUCUUGGAAAGAGCAACAUCCUGACCUUGCUCAGGAAUUUUCAUGCACAGAAACUCCACGAAACUGUCUAAGCAACACUUCCCUGAAUGACACGCGGUCAGAGUCCUUACUAUCUCAAAGAAGCAUUAGCAAUGAUGUUGAGCACAAACCUCAAAGAUUCACUCGAGCUGCAUUGUCAACAUCACCAACCAGUGUAAUAUCUCAAGCUUCCAUUCAAACAGUGAUCAAUGCAUUGAAACCUUAUAUUCUCUGUCUUUGUAAUUCUGAAGACUUGAAAGAAUGCGAAGCAGCAGUUUUGACAAUAGCCAAGAUUUGGGAGGACUCCAAUGUUGACUCAGGAAUUCAUUCCUAUUUAUCUUCACCGACUAUCAUAAAUGGAUUUAUGGAAAUAUUGCCGGCAUCUUUGAACAAGGAUGUUCUCAGGACAACAGUAUACAUUCUGUCAAGGCUGAUAUAUGCAGAUGAUCGUGUCGGUGAUCUUCUGACAAGUAUAGACUCUGAUUUCUAUUGCUUGGUUGAUUUACUGAAAAAGGGACUUGCUGAUGCUGCUGUUCUUCUGUACCUACUCAGACCAUCAUUUUCUCAUCUUUCUUCUCACAACUUAAUAACCACUCUUCUGCACAUAAUUUCUAACAAAAGUGAAGAUAGUGCUGAUUUUCAAUAUGUUAUAGCACCUAAAGACGCUGCUAUAGCAUUGCUUGAAGAAAUUGUUGCAGGUGGAGACAAGACAGACAGAUCAUAUAAUGCAAGGACCAUUAUAACAGAGAAUGGAAUUCCUGCUUUGCUGAAUUGUCUCAAUAGGGUAGAUGGAAGACAGUCCAUUAUGUCAAUUCUUCUAUGCUGCAUCAGAAUUGAUAUAGCAUGCAAGGAUAUAAUAGCAAACAGAAUUGAGUUAUCUCCUGUUCUUGAAUUAUUUCAUGGUGGAAAUGAUAGUGUGAGAGGAGUAUGUGUAGAGUUUCUCUGUGAAUUGGUUCAGCUGAGCAGGAGAACGUUGAGCAACCAGAUUUUGCAGAUAAUUAAAGAAGAAGGAACAUUCAGUACCAUGCACACCCUUUUGGUUUAUCUCCAAAUGUCCCCAAUGGAGCAGAAACCUGCUGUUGCUUUCCUUCUUCUUCAGCUUGAUCUGUUGACUGCUCCCCGCAAGAUGAGCAUCUAUAGGGAAGAAGCCAUGGAAGCAUUGUUAGAAGCACUUCAGAGAAAGGACUUCCCUUCUUCUCAAAUUAUGGCUCUUCGCAUGCUAUCAUCUCUUUCAGGACAUCAAGGAGCUUCAAGGAAACCAUACAUGGAAUCUUGGUUACUAAAGAUAGCAGGAUUUGACCAACCUUACAAUGCUAUGAUGAGAGGGGAGGAAACCAAAACCAGUGACACUAAAUUUGCUGCAAUGAAAGAGGAGGAGAAAGCAACAAGGACCUGGGAGAAGAGAAUGGCGUUUGUACUUACAAACUAUGAGAGAGGCAUGGUAUUUAGAGCUUUGGAGGAAUGCUUUAAAAGCAAUUCAAUAGAUAUAGCAAAGUCUUGUAUUGUUGUGGCUACAUGGCUUGUGUAUAUGCUUUAUAGUUUUCCUGAUUGUGGCAUAAGAGAUGUUGCUUGCAAAUCUCUGCUUGACAAGUUCAUAAAUGUGCUGCAAUCAUCAAAGAACCUUGAGGAGAAGAUAUUAGCUGCACUUGCUCUGAGAGGAUUUAUCAGUGAACCAGGCGGGCUGCAAGAGAUGGGUUUAUAUGCCAAAAGUAUAUGGAAAACCUUGAGGAGGCUUAAGAAGAAUUGCACGGUGGUCCAUGAUAUAAUGAAGGCACUGAUGAACUUACCCUCUAUUGAUGCUGCAGAUUUGUGGUCCUGUGUUGAAGGUCCUGAGUUAGAUGUGUCCAUGAAUGGAGAAAUACUGUCGACGAUACACAUAAGAAAUCGGUUGAUAAGCAGCCAUUCUGAUGGAACUAUAAAGGUAUGGGACACUGGAAAGAGCACUCCUCGAUUAAUUCAAGAAGCUCGUGAACAUUCAAAGGCUGUAACAUGCCUGUAUGUUCCUCCGUCCUGUGACAAGCUAUAUAGUGGAUCUUUGGAUAAAACCAUACGAGUUUGGUCAAUCAAACAGGAGGAAAUACAUUGCAUUCAGGUACACGAUGUAAAAGAGGCAGUACUGGCACUGGUAGCUAACGCCAGUUUCGCCUGCUUCUCAUCUCAAGGAAAUGGAGUUAAGGUUUUUAAUUGGUCAGGGGUUCCAAAGAGCAUUAACUUCAACAAACAAGUCAAGUGCCUGGCGAUGGACGGGGAAAAACUCUACUGUGGUUGUUCUGGUUACUCUAUCCAGGAGGUGGAUUUAAGAGCACAUACAUCAUCCAUAUUCUACUCUGGUGCCAAAAAGCUACUUGGCAAACAAACAAUUUACACAGUAGAAAUCCACAAUGGUCUUCUAUAUGCCUGCGGGUCAUCGGUGGAUGGUAUAGCAGGAAAGGUCUUCAAACUAUCCAGCAAAGCAGUCAUAGGAUCUUUGCCAACCGGACUCGACAUCCAACAGACCACUGUAAACAAUGACUUCAUAUUUACAGCCACAAAAUGUGGAAUCAUUGAAGUAUGGCUCAAGGACCGAUUGACGAAGAUUGCUUACGUUAAAACAGGAAGCGGGAACACAAGAAUUACGACCAUUGCUUCUGAUGCUCAUGGACAGAAGCUCUUUGCUGGGACCUCUGAUGGCAGGCUCCAGGUGUGGAGUUUGGACUAAAGUUGAUUAAUCCAAAGACGAUUGCAUGCAUACACCAACAGUGAUGUCCUUUAAAUAACCUACAGAGAGUUCUUUUGUAUUAUAAACUAAGAGCCACAUUUACCAAAUCAAGAUUUGGUUCCAUAACUGAUGAAUCAAAUGGCAUCAUGUUAUAGUUUUUACAGAAUGAGAAUUCUUCUGUGCUUCAAUGGCAUAAUUGCACUUUUGAUCAGUAAGGACAAAGGGGUGUUGCCUUUUUUGUCUCACAUUUUACAUAAUUAAGAUUUUGAUCCCAUAAAAUUAAAAAAUAUUGCAUAUGUAGUCCCACAGAAUUAAUGCCUGGAACCAUGUAACAUUUUUUAAUUCUGUGAUACAAAAAAUGUUAACGUUCUAUGGAAUUAAAAAUAUAAUUUUGUAGGUUUCAACUGAUGUUUUCCUCCCGGAUGUUCAGGUAAGUUUUUGUAAGAAACUUUACCUGAAUUCAUCUGAGGAAGUGAAUUAGUGUAGGGUGCUGCAUUCAUCCCAAAGGCAUUGUAGCAAUUGCCGGAGGGAUAAACUCCAGACCCAUAAAAAACACUUACAGAGCUUGCUCAGGAUUUUCAACAAUUUCAUUCUCUGAAUAUUUUUUAGGCAAACUUUGUGAUAGAGUAAGAACAUCUGUUGGCAAAUUUGGUGAAUUUCACGUAGCACUCAGAAUGAAAAGGACUUGCGGUAUUUAAUAGAAGAUAUCAAGGACCAGACCAACUAGCUUGAUCUCAUCGGUUUUAAUUCCUCAUAGUGCCAAUCUGUUCUAUUCAAAAUUGAGUCAUUACAAUGGAAUUUAAAAUUUAUUAUAAUGAGUAGAAAACUAAUUGAAAAUGAAAACUUAUAAAGUUAAAAUCCAUUGUAAUGUUAAAUAAUUCAAAUAAAUUCAAUAACUUGUUAUUAUAACUUUUAUAUCCUUAAAUCCAAAUUCAUCUAUUCACACGAAAAGAUUGAAACUGAUAAUUGAAUGAAACUCUAGAAAAAUUUCUAAUUCCCAAAAAAAAUAAAUCUGGAAAGAAAAAGGAAGCAUUCAGAAUGAGUAGGAGGUAAAUAUUCCUUCAUGAAUUUAUCGGAAUAUUGUAAAUUCAUCCUCAUUAUGCUACCGCAUCAAAAUAAAUAUAAAGAUUAAGCAAACAAAUUCACAUACACAUAAAGCAAUAAUUUGUAAAUAGAAUUUAAAAACCACAAAAAAAAAACUCGAGGGAGGAAGAUGGAAGUUCAUCAGAAGAUAGGAUUAAUACAUCAAAGCGGCACAGAUGCGUGCCUCAGACGACCGUCGUGAGAUAUUCUAAUCCAAAUUCAUCCUUUGACUCCAAAUAA